GCGCACUCUGUCGCCGCGCGGGUUCCCAGGCUCGCGGCUCCGUGGGGAGCGCGGGCCACCAGCGCCGCCUCCGCUCGUAGGAGCAGCCGGCCGGCUCUACACUCGCGGUCGCCGCUCGUCCGCCAACCCGGCUCUGCGCCAAGCUGCUGUGCGAGCCUCGGUGUCAGCGGCCAUCCCUCCUGCGGGUCCCCCCUCGACCCCUUUCUGGAGCACUCUGCCCCGCGGCCGCGGCGGCAGGAGGAGGAGAAGGAGGAGGGAUCGCGGGCGGCGCGGGUUGGUCUGGCCACCUCGCCCCGCGCCCCGCCCCUGCGCGCACUCCCUCGCGGGCGAGCUACUUUCGGACAAGGAAAGUGAGGGCAGCCCCGGGUGACAGCGCGGCGGCGCCAGUCCCGGGAAGCCGCGUCUGUUCGCGUGUCGCCCGUCGCGCUGCCAGCGGCGCACUGCCCAGACCCCGCCAUGGCUUCGACCACCACCUGCACCCGGUUCACCGACGAGUAUCAGCUCUUCGAGGAGCUCGGAAAGGGGGCAUUCUCAGUGGUGAGAAGAUGUAUGAAGAUCCCUACUGGACAGGAGUAUGCUGCCAAAAUUAUCAACACCAAAAAGCUUUCUGCUAGGGAUCACCAGAAACUGGAAAGGGAAGCUAGAAUCUGCCGUCUUUUGAAGCACCCCAAUAUUGUGAGACUUCAUGACAGUAUAUCGGAAGAGGGCUUCCAUUACUUGGUGUUUGACUUAGUGACUGGAGGUGAACUCUUUGAAGACAUAGUGGCGCGAGAGUACUACAGCGAAGCUGAUGCCAGUCAUUGCAUUCAGCAGAUCCUGGAGGCUGUGCUACACUGCCAUCAGAUGGGCGUAGUCCAUCGGGACCUGAAGCCUGAGAAUUUGCUUUUAGCUAGCAAAUCCAAAGGAGCAGCUGUGAAACUGGCAGACUUCGGCUUAGCCAUAGAAGUUCAAGGCGACCAACAGGCGUGGUUUGGUUUUGCUGGCACGCCUGGCUAUCUUUCUCCAGAAGUCCUGCGUAAAGAUCCUUAUGGAAAACCAGUGGAUAUGUGGGCAUGUGGUGUCAUCCUUUACAUCUUGCUGGUGGGGUACCCACCCUUCUGGGAUGAGGACCAGCACAGACUGUAUCAGCAGAUCAAGGCUGGAGCUUAUGAUUUUCCAUCACCAGAAUGGGACACAGUGACUCCUGAAGCCAAAGACCUUAUCAACAAAAUGCUUACCAUCAACCCUGCCAAACGCAUCACAGCCUCUGAGGCUCUGAAACACCCAUGGAUCUGUCAACGUUCUACUGUGGCUUCCAUGAUGCACAGACAGGAGACCGUGGACUGCUUGAAGAAAUUCAAUGCUAGACGGAAAUUGAAGGGUGCCAUCUUGACAACUAUGCUGGCUACGAGAAAUUUUUCAGCAGCCAAGAGUCUGUUGAAGAAACCCGAUGGAGUAAAGAUAAACAACAAAGCCAACGUGGUAACCAGCCCCAAAGAAAAUAUUCCUACCCCGGCGCUGGAGCCCCAAACUACUGUAAUCCACAACCCUGACGGAAACAAGGAGUCAACUGAGAGUUCCAACACCACGAUUGAGGAUGAAGACGUGAAAGCACGGAAGCAGGAGAUCAUCAAAGUCACCGAGCAACUGAUUGAAGCUAUCAACAAUGGGGACUUCGAAGCUUACACAAAAAUCUGCGAUCCAGGCCUCACUGCCUUUGAACCUGAAGCUUUGGGCAACUUAGUGGAAGGGAUGGACUUUCACAGAUUCUACUUUGAAAACGCUUUGUCCAAAAGCAAUAAACCAAUCCACACUAUCAUCCUGAACCCUCACGUGCAUCUGGUGGGAGACGACGCAGCCUGCAUCGCAUACAUCCGGCUCACGCAGUACAUGGACGGCAGUGGAAUGCCGAAGACGAUGCAGUCGGAAGAGACGCGCGUGUGGCACCGCCGUGAUGGGAAGUGGCAGAAUGUUCACUUUCAUCGUUCGGGGUCACCCACAGUACCCAUCAAGCCACCCUGUAUUCCAAAUGGGAAAGACAACUUCUCAGGAAGCUCCUCUUUGUGGCAAAACAUCUGAAAACCAUUCACAUUUGGGUCUUCUAACUGUCGACAGUGCCACUUCUGCGUUCUGUUCUCAAGGCACCUGGCGGGAAACCCUGGGACGGCCUCUCCCCCUCUUCAUGCAUGUUUCUGAUGCAUGAAGUUGUGAAGGUUCUCCACGUAAUGCACAUGCGACCCGUCAUCAUAUCAUAUAUUCCUUCCUACGUGUUGUUUACACUCCGGCUACUGGAUGGGACGCUCCAUGCCAACGUAAAUCACCGUUGGAAAACCAUAGAGGGAGGUCAGACAAGGAAAUUCCACAAUAUUCCAAGUUCAGCUGAUCCAUCAGGUUUCUCUGUUUAUGCCAAGAUUUAGAAGAUUUCAUUAAAAAUUAUUAUUCUCGAAUGACAGUUUAUGAGAGAAAAGUAAAUCUUUUUAGAAUGCUGCCAUUAAUCUUUUGGGGGCUUUUUGUUGGGAUUUUGGGUUUGAUUUUUUGUUGGUUUGUUUGUUUGUUUUUAAGGCUCAUAUGUGUGUACCUUCAGUUCCUGGUGUGAUCCUGGUAGAAAUGAAUGCUUUUCUCUGAAAGUGUUGGUGUUGUGUAAAUGGAGUGGUUAGGUGGACAGAAUCUUGUGUGAUUGCAGGGACAAGAAUCAGUUGGUGUUCUACCAUCAAAGCCAUGUUGAUUUGAGUCAAACUGAAUACUGGGAAAAAUUAACAUCAUUUACGAGUUUGAUUGCUUUCAGAUAAGCACAAUUCUGGUGAACACUUGACACUGAUUUUGCUUUUUUUUCUUUCUCAAAUUCUGUUGUUUUCGUUUUGUAAUAUUUGUUUGCUUUUA